AUGGCUCACAAGGAACUUGUAAGGACCAUCAUAGGAGUAAUUGGAAACGUCAUAUCCUUUGGCAUGUUUGUCUCCCCUACGCCUACAUUCGUAAACAUAUGGAAAGCCAAGUCUGUUCAACAUUUCAAGCCAGACCCCUACCUUGCCACAAUACUGAAUUGUGCAAUGUGGGUGUUCUAUGGCCUUCCAAUCGUCAAGAAGGAUAGCAUUUUGGUUUCAACGAUCAACGGUGUUGGACUUGUAAUUGAGGCCAUCUUUGUCACUUUGUUCGUCAUCCAUUCCAAUUGGCAAAAACGUAGAAAAAUCUUCAUUUUUCUUGCGGGUGAAGCAGCAAUUUUGGCCAUAGUCAUCGUCGUCGCCUUAACAGCUCUGCAUGGCAGCAAAAGGUCAUUAUUUGUCGGCGUCUUGUGCACAAUCCUCAAUAUUGGAAUGUACCUUUCGCCAUUGACUGUUAUGGGCCGCGUAAUUAAGACAAAGAGUGUGAAAUACAUGCCAUUCUGGUUGUCGCUUGCUAAUUUUGUGAAUGGUGCUGUUUGGUUUUCAUAUGCUUUCCUCAGAUUCGACCCCUGGCUCGUGAUUCCCAAUGGCCUUGGAACCGUUGGUGGACUAAUUCAGCUCAUAUUAUAUGCUACCUAUUACGGCUCAACAAACUGGGAUGAAGAUGGGGAUGAAAAUGGCAAGGCCAAGGAGGUCCAACUAUCCUCUGAAGCCUAA